AUAUUUUUAUCCAAGAUUGGGUAGAUCAGAUUAAAUGAGAUGAUUAAAUAUUUUAUUUCUAUAGCUUCUGACACAAAAACGAAAAACUGAGUAAACAAAUUGGAUAUUUAUUAUGAUAGAAAUCAUUAUAUUCAUUAUUAUAGCACUGUGUGUUAUAGGGUGGCUUCGGAGUCAAAACGAUGACAAUUCCAGUGAAAUAAAGGCGCACCUGGUAAUACUGUUUCCAUCACUGGUUGAAGAUGAAUAUAAUCAGAAUAAUAGACCCAUUUGCCUGAUUUAUGUGACCAUUUUAAAAUUUCCAUUACAAGGUAACGUCUAUUGAGGAUGAUGGUUCAAUGCACACACAUGCACAUGAAAGACAGAAUAGAGAUAAUAAAGGUGACACGAAUCCGAGACCACAAAUUGGGAACAACGACGAAAAUUUAUUACAGCAUACGAACAGAGUAACUCAUUUACAUCAACACAAUUAUUUAGACCACCGUGUUGUCAACAACAACUUAUACGUAAAUGCAUCCAGGACAGACGACACAAAGAACAAUACAGCAAUUAUCCGUAAACCACGAACUACAAAGUAUGUUAUGUAUGAUACUGAACGACUUCGAUGUUUUGUUUCUAGAAAAGAUACACUUCUUAAAAAGGCGGAGGAAAUAGACACAGCAACUAAAUGCGAUAUAUACUUAGAAAUAAGAUACGAAGAGAAACCAUACACAUACACAUCAAAGACUUUGAAGAAUUACAGUCUUAAACAGGAAGACAUGGAUGUUACUCCUUCCGAUGAAUCUAGACGCUUGAUAGGUAAACGAAGAAUUGAAUCUGACGAUGAUUCAGAUACGGAAAGCAACGAAUUGUCUCCUCCAAAAAUACCAAAAACUGUAAAGGAAACUAAAAAUGGUGGACUCCAAGAUAAGAAGGAAAAUGAAAUGGAAACAGAGGCCGAUAAGUAUUUUUGUGAUAUUUGUGGAUUUUAUGAGGAUGAUAAUGAUGACAAUAAAGGUCCCUGGGUAAAUUGUGCCUACCAGUAUGAAGAUUUAUCAUGUUGUAUGUACACAGCGCAUGUAAAUUGUCUAGAUUUGCAUGAAUAUCCUCAAAACUUUCUGUGUUCGGAACAUAACGAAUAGUUUAUAGGUUAAUGGAUGUGUUCUCUAAAGUUUCAGUACUCAUCUUUAUAUUAAUUCAAACCUCUAAAACACAAAAAAAGAUUUCUUACGAAGAAGUUAAUUUUGAGAAGUUGUAAGGAUAAUUUCAGGUAUAAAAGAAAAGGAAAAGGAGGAAUAUGUUCAUUGGCAGCAAUAAAAUUGAUACUGUUUGUUGUACUGUUACUUUCAACGAAAAAAUGGUAAUGUGAAGUAUAUAUCAAUAAAACUGUAAAUCAAGAAAUAAA